UGUUUAUGUGUGAGGGGGGGAGGGGAGGCAGUGUGGGAAUAACAACUUCCGGUGCAGAUGACUUCCGGUGCGGGAAGAUGGCGGCCUUUUCGGUGGCGGCGCUACUCAGAUUGCUGUACUCACUGCUGAUCCCCGCAUUAAUCCUAAGUGGGGUGCUUUGUUUCUGUCUAUUCAUGAUGUUGUGUGGUCUACAGCAGUGGUUUCAACAAAGAAAAAAGCAAUUAAAUCCACCUGGGAAAGAUGGGAAAAGGCCACUUGUGGUUGCGUUUUUUCAUCCAUAUUGCAAUGCAGGUGGCGGAGGGGAGCGAGUGUUAUGGUGUGCUCUAAGGGCCCUGCAGAAAAAGUACAAAGAUGUUUCCUAUGUUGUCUAUACUGGCGACACUGCCACAGCGGACAGUAUCCUUGAAGGAGCACAAAGACGAUUCAACAUCAGAUUAAAUCAACCCGUGAAGUUUGUAUUCUUGAGAAGACGCUACUUGGUGGAAGCGUCUCUUUACCCCCAUUUUACUCUGUUGGGUCAGAGUUUAGGAUCGUUGUUUCUUGGCUGGGAAGCUCUUAUGAAGUGUAUCCCUGAUGUUUAUAUUGAUUCCAUGGGCUAUGCCUUUACAGUUCCUCUUUUUAAAUAUUUAGGAGGUUGCCGGGUAGGCUGUUACGUUCACUAUCCCACAAUCAGUACAGACAUGCUUUCUGUGGUCAGGAAUCAAAAUGCUCGCUUUAACAAUGCAGCCAUCAUUACAAGAAACCCUCUACUAAGUAGGCUGAAACUUGCAUAUUACUACAUUUUUGCUUCCAUAUAUGGGUUUGUGGGAUCCUGCAGUGAUGUUGUCAUGGUUAAUUCUUCAUGGACCCUCAAUCACAUCCUGUCCCUUUGGCGGUGCAGCGAUCGCACAAGCAUUGUGUAUCCUCCUUGUGAUGUUCAGACAUUCCUGGAUAUUCCUUUACGUGAAGAAAAUAACACUUUAGAGCAAACCAUUGUUUCUGUAAGUCAGUUUAGGCCAGAGAAAGACCAUCCUCUACAAAUCAGAGCUUUUGCUAACUUUCUGGCAAAGACUGCAGGUCAGCAGCCACAGCCAAAACUCAUUCUGAUUGGGGGCUGCCGUAACUACGAAGAUGACCAACGUGUAAAUGGACUUAAAAAACUCUGUCAAGAGCUAGGCAUUGAAAAUAGAGUGGAAUUCAAAGUAAACAUUUCAUUUGAAGAACUAAAGAAGAAUCUGGCAGAAGCUACCAUUGGGCUUCACACCAUGUGGAAUGAACACUUUGGGAUUGGAAUUGUUGAAUGUAUGGCAGCUGGGACAGUUAUCCUUGCUCACAAUUCUGGAGGCCCCAAGCUGGACAUUGUGGUGCCCUAUGAAGGAAGUAUAACUGGAUUUCUAGCAGAAAACGAAGAUGAUUAUGCCGACACCAUGAUUCAUAUAUUUUCGUUGUCUCCUGCAAAAAGGCUAGAGAUCAGACAAAAUGCUCGCCAGUCCGUAAAGAGAUUUGCUGAUCAGGAAUUUGAGGAAACAUUCCUAUUAUCUGUGGAACAAUUAUUCAAAUAAUGCCUUUUAUAUACAUGAUAUCUGGACAUACUUGAGUUAAUUUGGUAAUAUGCUUGUAUAUUUUUCUAAUUUAUUUGUUCUGUACAAUAAAGAGUUCCAAUUCUGAGA